GUGAGGCAGCUGAAGUAGUUUGACAGUUAUUGCUGUUCGUCCUUGGAAGGCAGAAUGUCAGCGGUACUCUAGUAUUUCUGAAUAAAACUGGAGGUGGAGGUUUAUAUAAAAUAAUAAUGAUAAAUGUCCUGGCAAGAGCCGCGUCAAGGGCGGCCGUGGCAGUGAACUCCCGCUUGGCAAGUCCAGUGAUAGUGCUGCAGAUUCGAGAUUACUCUCUGGCUCAUCAGGAUGGGUUGCCCAAGCUUCCAGUUCCUCCGCUCAGACAGACGUGUGAGCGUUAUCUGGCUGCCCUUGAGCCGCUCGUGUCCGAGGAAGAACUGGACCACACACGCACGCUCAUGGCCGAGUUCCUGCAAUCUGGCGGCGUUGGAGAGAGGCUGCAGAAAGGACUUGAGAGGAGGGCACGCAAAACUGAAAACUGGCUCUCAGAUUGGUGGAUGCAGUUAGCCUACUUAGACUCCCGUAUGCCAAUCCCAGUGUACACCAGUCCUGGAGUGGUUUUACCCCAGAUGCACUUCCAAGACCGCCAGGGACAGAUGAGGUUUGCUGCUAAACUAAUUGCAGGAGUUUUGGACUUUAAGAGAAUGCUAGACAGGGAAACACUACCUAUUGAGUACCUGGGAGGAAAGCCAUUGUGUAUGGACCAGUAUUACCAGGUGCUGUCAUCAUGUCGAAUACCAGGACCCAAGAAGGACACUGUGGUUAACCACGCUAACGGAAUAACAUACCCAACUCACAUUACUGUUGUUCACAAUUUCCAGUAUUUUGUGUUGGAUGUCCUCAACAGUGACGGCACCCCGCUGACGGUGGAUCAGAUCUACAUGCAGUUAGAAAAGAUCUGGAAUUCUUCAUUACAGUCUAAUAAAGAGCCUAUCGGCAUCCUCACCUCAAACCACCGCAACACCUGGGGCAAGGCCUACAACAAUCUAAUCAAAGACAAGACCAAUAAGGAGUCAGUGAGGGCAAUCCAGAAGAGCAUCUUCUUAGUGUGUCUAGAUGCCCCGAUGCCACGCGUUUCAGAUGAGAUCUACUACAGUAAAGUCGCUGCUCAGAUGCUACAUGGCGGAGGGAGUCGCUGGAACAGUGGUAACCGCUGGUUUGAUAAAACACUACAGUUUAUAGUAGGGGAGGAUGGAUCGUGUGGACUGACGUAUGAGCACGCUUCUGCUGAGGGGCCUCCUAUUGUGUUUCUGAUGGACCAUGUGGUUGAGUACAUGAAAAAAACAGAGAUGGUACGAACCCCCAUGAUACCACUGCCCAUGCCACAGAAACUCCGCUUCAACAUAACACCUGAAAUCAAAAAGGACAUUGAGAAAGCCAAGCAGAACAUGAACAUAAUGGUGCAUGACCUGGAUGUACGAGUUCUUAACUUCUCUCACUAUGGAAGGAAAUACCUCAAGACGUUUAAAACUAGCCCAGAUGCUUUCAUCCAAAUGGCUCUGCAGCUGGCAUAUUACAGAAUGUACCAGGAGUGCUGCUCAACUUAUGAAAGUGCCUCACUACGCAUGUUCAAACUGGGCAGAACAGAAACUAUCCGCUCAACUUCAACAGAUGCACUCAAAUUCAUCCAAUGCAUGGAUGAUUCGUCCAAGCAGAACACAGAGAAGCUGGUACAGCUUGAAAAGGCCAUCAAAAGUCAUCGGGAUUACACACACAUGGCUAUUCAUGGGCAGGCUAUAGACAGGCACCUGCUUGGGCUGAAGAUGCAGAGCAUUGAAGAUCUGACGUCUCUCCCUGAGAUUUUCAUGGAUACAUCCUUUGCUGUAGCCAUGCAUUUCAACCUCUUCACCAGUCAGGUUGGAUCAAAGACGGACUGUUACAUGUGCAUUGGGCCAAUGGUACCAGAUGGUUAUGGUGUCUGCUACAACCCAAUGGAUGACCACAUCAAUGUUGCUGUGACUGCGUUUAACAGCUGUGAGGACACCAACGCCACCAAAUUAGCAUGCUUCCUCGAGGACGCUCUGCUUGAUAUGAAGGCUCUUCUUGAGCAGACACCCAAGUGACAAAGCAGGUCGAAAUGACCUGAGUGGAAACCUGUGUCGCACUGGGGAAGAAGAUACAUGACACAUGAUGUGUUUAAAAUACCAGCAUGUGUUCUCAUGAGGAACAUCAACUCCAGAGAAGCUACAGUUUUCCUGCCCUUAUUUUUUUCUUUUUAUCAACUUACCAUGACUGUUUUCCCCCACAACAUUUCAAGAUAAAACUCUGGCGUUGGCGGAAAAUUAGUGAAGGAAACACAACAACAAAAUGUUGCUAAGCUAUUCGUCUAUUCGAUGCUCCUCCAGUAUUUUAGUUUGUGUUGUUUACUUAAUGUUGCCGUUUACUGAAAUUUGCCGUAUUCCAUACCAACUCGAGCACUUAACAAGUCUGUGUGUAUCUAUAACUACAUAUUUAUUUAGAGAAAUAUAUAUUUGGACAUAGUACAUGUAAACUCUAGGACAUACUGACUUUCUUUACAAAAUGGUAAAAAAAAAAAAUAUAUAGAUAAUUAGAUUUGUGUUUCUGAGAACGAACAUGAUACAGUUGAAGUUGAAAGUUUACACACAUUUGCAAGGGACAUGUUGGAAUAUCCAUGACUAUUGCAACACAAAUUUGAUUUUACAAGUCUAGGUUACAAAUAUACAUGCAACAAAUUAUUGAUAAUUCUCCGAUCUAGAAAGUUUGUGUGUCAUUUAGCUUUGUGGCAUGGCCUUCUAAUUCCAGCUGGCAACUUCUCUGUGCCCAUAUAAAUAGGCCUAUCAAUGGGGCUAGUUGAAUGUAUACAUUAAAAGAACAUAAGAACACUAGUUUCCUGUCAAGCUCAAGAAGAAACUCUUAAACAGUUAGGAUCAUUUAGACUCCUCGGGUGCUACAUAAGAAUACUCGGCUCUAAAUGUCCCCUGCAUUUGCUGGUAUUCCCCAUGGAAUUCCACUUCUGCCCUGCUUCCUGUGGAACUCCACUGAAACAGCUGUGUCCCCUUGAACACUGUGGUUUUUACUGCAUCCACGUCUCGAAUCUGAGAAAACAAACAUGGUGGAUUUUUAACAGAAAUAAUUAUUUUAUAGUAUGUUUCUUUUUAUUUGUAGUCCCUUCAUCUAAAUAGUUCAAAGAAUAUUUAAGCAUUUUUAACCUAAUUUAUUUGGCAUCUUCAGCAUGUACGUUGUUUGGUUUUUAUUUGGUCUUGUCUCCACUAUAUCUGAUUAUUGGUUUGUUUCUAUUAUUAUGCUUGCUUGUGUCUCAUUUCUCCUGGUUAGUUAUUACUUUUAAGCCAGACUUUGUUCAUGUGUUUUUCUUAUUUCUGGUUUCUUGUGUUCCUGUGGAUUUACCAGUUUUGAACUCUGUCCAUUUCAUAGUUUAUUAAUUAUGUAAACAUAUUAGUCUGUGUUUCCCUUAAGGAAGGCCCUUAACCCAUAAUUGCUUAGACUUUCACAGUACUGUAAGUCUAUUUGGAUAAAAGCAUAUAUUCAUAUCUAUUUUACUUAAGUCUAGGGGUAUCCAGAUACACCAGAAAGUAGUUCCAAUUCUAAUGUGAUGCCUUUUGGUGAACUCCAAUUGAACAAUUCAGGUAAAACACAUGAAUACAUAAAGUUGAAUCAUGUUUCCUGAUGUCUUUAAUGAUGAUAUAGUUUGAGGACCGCUUUUAUAGCAUUAGUGAAUAGCGCCACUCAGUGCCCACAAUUAAACAUUUCAGCUCUUUCUGUAAAUCCAUACCACUAAGUUGAUAAAACAAAGAACUAGUUACCAAUAACGUAGGUUUACCUCUAAUGAAAGCUCAAGUUUAGCUUUUUAUUGUAUUGCUCAUGUGGUACAAAGUUACCAAACAACUACAAUUAAAAGGUAGCAAGACA